AUGGCGAACAUAGAGAAUGCAUCCGAGACAUUACCAACCACCACAAGCGUCCCCAAUCAUAUUUCUACGGAUUUAAUUGAUUUGAUCACGUACAAGCCCUCCGAGGAGGAGAUAGUGGAGAAUGGCGGCCACCAAAUUUCAUUACCGGGUGGUAAGAAUCAAGGCAUCCGGCAUGUACAUGCCCACGAUGGCUUCCACAAUGUAAAGCGCGAGCGUCAUUGGGCUAACUGGAACAAUGCUCUCAAGAGCAAGAAGACAACGGAGCCAAGUAUUUAAAUACCUCGAAUUACAUUCAAUAAAGACACCCUGUAUUUUUCAACCGGCAGCGUGCAAUUGUUGAUUAGGCGCUCCAGGCCAAGACAAAUGCAAUUAGUGGGGUGGAUCAAGGUAGGCCAAGCUGUGGUUAUCCGGUACAGUUCUUGUGUGUGGGUGCUCGAAGUGAAA